CUUGCACAUGACAAUAUUGCUUUUUGUGACAUGACAUGUCUUUGUUUUCAUUCGAUGCGUUGUUUUAUUUAUUAGUGAUCGCACAUUUUCCUUUUUAAAAAGGAACUUAUAUAUUUACUCCAAUUCUAAAAAUCAUGUCAGGCUGUGAUUCUCAAAAACCAGAAUGUUCAAAAGACAAUAUUUCUACGACCUCUAUCGACGAAGGCUUGCCACGAGAACUCAGUCAGUUAAGUCUAUCAAGUACCUCGAGCCAGGAUGAAUUCUAUUGUGAUAAAGGACAUUCCGAUAGCACUCUCAAAAAUAUUUAUCAAUAUUUUCAAGCUCAGAAGUUAUGUGACGUAGCCCUUAUUGCUGGAGGAUGUAGGAUUCCAGCUCACAAAGUAAUGUUAGCAUCUUGCAGUGAAUACUUUGCAGCUAUGUUUACUGGUUCAUUGAGGGAAGCCCAGCUAACAGAAAUAACUCUUGAGAGAGUGGAUUCACAGGCAUUACAAGCUCUUGUGCGCUACUGUUACACAGGAACUAUAGAGUUAAGGGAAGAAACUGUGGAAGUGCUUCUCUCAACGGCAAGCCUGCUGCAACUGAAUUCUGUAACAGAUGCUUGUUGUGCAUUUCUAAAGAAACAACUUGAUCCAUGUAACUGUUUAGGUAUUGCACUGUUUGCUGAACAACAAUCCUGCAUGAAUUUACACAAAAGUGCUCUGGAAUACACAUACCAACACUUUAUGCAGGUGGUGAAACACCAAGAAUUUCUGUCUCUACAAGCUGACCAGUUGGCUAAUCUACUGAAAUCAGAUGAUCUCAAUGUUGUUACUGAAGAAAAUGUAUUUGAAAGUCUCAUGACAUGGGUACAACAUGAUAGUCCUAAUAGAGAAUCUCAUUUGCCAACUUUGCUGAAACUUAUUAAAUUACCGUUACUCUCAUCCGAGUACCUUAUCGAUAAAGUGGAGUUAGCUUGUGGUAAUGUACCUGAAUGCCAAUCCUUAAUCAUGGAAGCAGUAAAAUGGCACUUGUUGCCUGAGCGCAGAUCUUUUCUAUUCUCCCACAGAACUAGACCACGAACAUCAACUAUAGGGCGAUUGUUAGCCAUUGGAGGCAUGGAUGGAUACAAAGGUGCUAGUAAUAUGGAAAUGUAUGACCCGAGGACUAAUACGUGGACGCCAUUUAUGAGGAUGGGUGCUAGAAGAUUACAAUUUGGUGUUGCAGUAAUGCAAAACAAAUUGAUUGUUGUUGGAGGUAGAGAUGGACUUAAAACUUUAAAUACAGUGGAAUGUUUUGACUUGACAUCACUUAGUUGGAGUACUUUGGCACCAAUGAACACUCACCGCCACGGUUUAGGUGUUGCUGUUUUGGGGGAUGGCCCUAAUUCUCCUGUGUACGCCGUAGGAGGUCACGACGGAUGGAUUUAUUUAAAUUCUGUAGAAAGGUGGGACGCGUGCUCGCGGUCGUGGAGCGUGGUGGCGCCGAUGGCGGGCGCGCGCAGCACGUGCGGCGUGGCGGCGCUGCGCGGGCGGCUGCUGGCGGUGGGCGGCCGCGACGGCGGCGCCUGCCUGCGCUCCGUCGAGAGCUACGACCCCGCCACCGACCGCUGGACCAACUGCGCGCCCAUGACGCGCCGCCGCGGCGGCGUCAGCGUUUGCGCGGCUGGCGGCUACCUGUACGCUUUGGGCGGACACGAGGCACCCGCGAACACUGUAGGCGGGCGCCUGGCAUGCGUCGAGCGGUACGACCCCGUCGCCGACUCGUGGGUGCUGCUCGCUCGCCUCUCCUACGGAAGAGACGCUAUAGGAUCAUGCCUACUCGGAGACCGAAUCGUUGCUGUUGGUGGAUACGACGGAGUGCAGUAUUUAUGCGUAGUGGAAAUGUACGACUCGGAGGCAAAUUGUUGGCGCAAGUUGGCGCCACUAACCACGGGCCGCGCUGGCGCCGCCGUCGUAGCAGUGCCCCCACCAAGGAAUCUCUUCUGAUAUCGUAACCACCAGCUUCUCACUUAUGUCCUAGCCUAGAUUACUUAAUAUAUAAGGUACCUAUGUUAAAACGAGACUUAUUUCGUUUAUAUGUAUGUAGGCUUAUUGAAUUUUAGCUAUAUACGUGUAUGUGUAUUGGUGUAAAAAUUUAAUCCUCGUUUAUAGUGGAAAUAUAUCUGGAAUGAUAAUAAAAACCAAUAAGUUACAAUAAUUUACACCACACUUUAUACUCAAAUUACUGUGGAUCAGUUUCUUUAAACGCUGUUCAUUAUCUAUUAUUAAGUACACAGAUUAAUAAUAUAAGAUUUUGUUUCUCUUUAUCUAAUAUAAAAAUAUUAUCAAAAUUGGCGAAGUUAGAGUCUAAUCAAUUGUACAAAAAUACAUGUACACAUAAAAUAACAGAGAAUGUGCCAAAUCAAAUCUCUAAUAUUAUUUUUUUUUAAUUGAAAAUGAACAUGAGGUAGUUUUAUUAUAAGUAAUAAAAAAUAUGUUCAUAAACAACUACAUGUCAGCAUGUAAAUAGUGUUGUGUGUGUAUUUAAAAUAAUGUCAGAAAUUAUAAUGUUUUGCCAAUAUGUAUUACUAGCGUAUAAAUAUACAUAACUUCACUGAGGGAUAGUUGAAAGAAUUUUGCAUUUCUUUUUUUUCUCUUACAUGAACAUGGGUUCGAUUCAUGUUAGGACCAAUUUAGGAAACAUAUUUUCUGAAGUGACUGAGGUCUGGAUAUUUUGGAUUGUUCCUUAAGAGGUCUUUCUGGUUUCUUAUAAACAGGGUAUCCUAGGUUGAAGAGUAGCCAAUUAAUGUGACUUUGUAGCAUUUAUUUACUAUUAUAAUAAUGAUGUAUAAUUAUUGUGUGUAUGUCCAUGCCCGCCUAUCCGCAUCUAUUUAGAUCAUUCAAUGUAUUGUUAAGAGGCGCUCUAUAUUAAGAAUCGCAACACAUUCACAUUUAAAUGAAUUUGAUUAUUUUUUAUAAAAGAUCUAUUCAGAAUCUAUGUAACAGUCAUACCAGAAUACUGAUUUAUGUUUGAAGUAGUAUUAAAAUUAUGUUUGUAUGCAUAAAAUUUGCCUGUAUGCAGUUCUAACACUAAUAUUGAAAAGAUAUAUAUUUCUUUUCGGUAAAUUGAUCCAUACUGUGAUAUAUAUUGAAAACAUAUUUUCUUGCGAUUAAUACAAAAUAAAUGGCAUAGACUCAUAUUAUUAUAAACUAAGAGCAUCCAUAACUUUAGCUUACCGAAAUAAAAAGUUAUGAAAGGCAACGUCUCAAUUAACUAUCUGUCAAUUUAUAAAAACUAUUGUACAAUUUUUAAUAUUUCUGAUUAUUUAAAAAAUUCUUUGCUAGGGAACUAAAACAUUAAUUAUGCAAUAAAAUUCUAAUUAAAAAAAAAUAUUUUGAUGGCAAAAAUGUAUUUGAAAAAUUCCAAAGUAAAAUCUGAAGUAGGACAAUUUUUAGUGAUAUAUUUAUAUGCAACGUAUUCUAUGUAUAAAGUUUUAGUUCGUUAGCAUAGCCCUUUUUAAAUAAUUAAUCUGAAACGAGUAAAAUGCUCAAUUAUUUCGGAAAAGAGACAAUUGCUACAUUGUUAUACUUCGGUAAGCUAAAGUAUGAAUGCUCUUAAGUAUAUGAAAUUGAAUAGCGUUAAUUUAAUACCAUUAAACAAUAAUUUUAUAAUUAUUAGUAAUAGAACUAAUAAUUACUAUUUAUGUACUCGAAUAUGUUGUGGAAUGGUAUGAACUGAUAAAAUAUAAUAAUAUAUUUUUAUUACAAAUUGAUCUCAAUAUUAUCUAUCUACUUAAUUAUAAAUUACAUCCAAACAUAUGUAUCAAAAGUAGAUACCUGUCUUAAGAUUCUCAAGUUAUUACAAAUAUCAUAACCUAUCCGAGACUGACAACUGAUAUUUAGCAGUGAAUUAUUAUUAUUCAACACAAUACCUAGCAGUAAACUGAUAUAUAGCUUACCUACAUAAUAGACUAAAUAUUUAUCUUUAGUGUUUUAGCCAAAAUUAUUUAAACAAAAAAUAAAAUUAUAUCUUAAUCAUUCUAUUAUUGGAGUAGUAUUUAGUAAGAAACAGUCCCCAUUAAAUAUUACAUGAAUUUGGAUGCACAUGUUAUGUGAUAAUUAUGUUCCUUUGAACCUUUUAUAUGAAUACAGUAUUAUAAUUAUGUAUUUACAUUUAAAUUUUAUUAUAGAUAAACUACUAGUUGUAUGAUUUGUUUUCUCAGUAGCUAUUGCCAUCGCAUAAUUCACCAGAAUUUCGUUAAUAAAGAAACAAAAAAAAUUUUGCUGUAAUAAACGAAAUACAUUUUAUAUGUACUUCUGUACAUGCAAUAUAUGGGGAAGUCCAUUAUCUUUUUCUUUUUUUUUUUUUGCAAUUUCGUACAUAUUCCAUUUAUUUGAUAUUUACAAAAAUUUAAAUUAAAUUUCAUGAAUAUUAAACAAAUAUUGACAUUAUGGACAUUAUAAUUUCGUCAAGUCUAUAAUACAUACGUAUGUAUUACAGACUUGAUGAGAUUAUAAGGUGUUCUGUUUUUUUUUUUUUGGAUUUUCCAAAUACAAAAGUAUAUUCCCAUUGUCCACAGAUUCCUAUAAAUAUUUCUGUAUGAGUUUUUUUUUUAUAAGUACCUAUAUAUAUAUAUAUAUAUAUAUAUAUUAUAAUAAAAUUUAUCGGGGGCUGACCUGUGAUGUUAGAACUAGAAAAACGCUAGAUAAUAAAAAAAUAUUGAAACUGUAAAAGAUAGAAAUAAAGUAAUUAAGUGCUCUACUUACAAAAUUUUAUUACGUAAGUAGGUAGGUACUUAUUUACUUAUUUUGUGUUUUGUAUUAAGAAUUGUAUUAGAGAGACUUAUAAAUGUGUAGAUAAGUAGAUAUCGGUUUGCAGCCAUCCACGAGUUCCAAAUUUCAAAUUAAAUUUUAUUCAUAAUAAAUCACUUAUUAAUAAAUAUAGUCUAGUAUAAUUGUCAUUGAGGCGUGUAAUAGGAUGCAAAGUCGUUCUUGUUCCAUAAUAUAAAGGUUACACGGGUCACAGGAGGAGUGACAAAAAAACAUCCGGUCGUUACGCGAUCGCCACCACUUGUCAUUGUAAUAUUUUUUCUAUUCAUUUAUUAAUUCGGCAUAAGCCGGGCAGUAAAUUUCAUAACUGAAUGUAACCAUAAGAAUAUGGGCUAUUUAUUAUUAUUACGUUCUCACAUACAUGUUCAAAUAAACUUUUACAGUAUAAAAUUAAUAAUACUUAAUCAGUGAAACUAUAUUUUAAGAUUCACCUAAUUCAAAACCGCAUAUUUAAAAUUGUAAUUUCUUUUCUCUUCCUAUUUGUAUUUUCUGUCAUGUAUUUAAAUUUGUGAAAUGUCCGCAAUUUAGUGACGGCUGCAAAUUUGAUGAAUCUACUAAUAUUUUAGAACAUUUUUAUUAAUAGUAAUCAGGGCCGGUCUUAGUCUACCUGAUGUUCCUGUGCAAAUUUUUUACUACAUCGAAAAAAAGGAAUCGUUCCCUUUUAAUUGGAUCGGAGAUCCGCCCUAUUUACUUCUAAGACGAAUUUGAGGCGAUAAUUAAUUUUAUAAUGACUCCCUCUUAGCGUCCUCCUUGGACCUCGGUGCCUCCCGAUCGCCAUCUCUUUCCUAUAUUCUCUCAAGGCCGGUGCUGAGUACCUAUACUGUGGCAACUAGUAUCUCAUAAGUUUAUUAAACAAAUUUUAGGAAUGGCA